AUGGCGAGAAUUAAUGUUUACUUCAUUGUUUUUAUCUUCCUUUUGACUAUUAAUCUUAGCUCCGUUGAAGGCCGAACACUCGUUAAGUCCACCGUGACGACGGCUAAGGAUAUCGAAACUGAUAACUCUGUGCCACCGUCACCACUUCAACCACCGUCGAGCCACGGGGUUGAUACCUUCAGGCCCACGGUACCUGGACAUAGCCCUGGUAUUGGACAUGCCGUACUCAACUAA